AUGGAAACGCACGUUCGAGGGGGAUCUGGCGACGCCGGCAAGGAGGUGCAGACGCACGCCGACCGCACCAAGCAGAUGUUCGCGCUGUCGCAAGCCAUUUGGCUGGAAGGAAACGAUGAAGGUGGACCCGACUCGGAGGCCAGGAACAGGUUCCGCGAGCUAUCCGCCAAGGAGCCCGUGACGGAGCAUAAGCGGGCGAGGCAAGCCGCCAUCGAGUCGCGGACGAACCAGCUGACCGAGUACCUCAACCAGUAUUUCCGACAUUCACGUCGUCGGAAUGCUGAGUCAAUCAACGACUAUGUGACGCGGAAGAGUGAGAUCUACAUGCGAGUACCACAAGCACUCAACCGCAUCCGGCCGCAUCAGGAGAAGCCAACUACUGGGAUGAACCGAGAGUGGGGAAGCUCUGGGCGACGUCGCAGUAGCUGGACCUCGGAAAUGACGGCCACCACAACGGCGGAGGGAGAUGAUGAGGACCAGGACAAUACUACGGAGGCGAAAGCUCCCUGGAGUUGGAAGUCCGGGAACUACUAUGGUGGUUGGAGCGGUGGCUCAGGCUACUGGUCUAGCUAUGGAGCUCCCGGUUGGUGGUCUUCUUCAUCGUCGUGGGGAUGGCCCGACAGUCGGGCCACCAUGGACCAAGGUUCCUCGCCGAAUGGUUGGAACGUGGCAAGUGCCAAGGGAACCGAGCUCCUGCCUGAGUGGGUGCAGGGUUGGUAUCUUUUACAAGAUGCAAAUCUCAGUACCAAUGAACGGAACAUGGUGUACACCGCCCUGAAAGGCGAGUUCACCGUGAUCCGUGUUGCGCAGGAGCUGCGCAACCAAUGGACUGAGGGAGACUUGAAGAAGCGUGACCAGCACUACAAGGGCAGCAGCUUCCUGGGUGAGGCGGACGUAGAUGACGAGGUGGACGAGCCCCAGGACGCUUGGUACGAUGACGAGCUGAAUGAUGAGGGCACGGCCCUCGUCGCCGAGGCUGAAGAUGAAGCCCGACAAGCUUGGGCUGUCCUGCAGAAUGCAAGCAGGACGCUCAAGGAAGCACGAAGCAAGCAGCAUCAGGUUCGCAUGUCGCGCAAGUACUACCAAUCCAGCGGCAGCAGACCUCAAGGAACAGCUCGGCCACGGGACGAUUCCAGGAUGACGUGCCUUAAGUGCGGUUUGGUGGGCCACAGAGCAGCAGACUGCCCGGGACCCUCCAAGGCAGCCGCCCAUGAGGCUGAGGAUCAAUCAGCACCCUUCGUGUGCUACGCAGAGCAGGCACUCUUGAGAGAACCAGCGGGAGGCCGAGGCAUGACGACAGCUGAGGCGGUACAAGCUGGAUGUGGAGUGAUUGAUGGCGGAGCUACGCGAACGCUUGGCUCUGUGUCAGCAAUCGAGGCGGUGAUGAAGGUGAAUUCCGGGAAGCGUGGAACUACCGGAGUCCAGAAUGUCGAUGUGAAGAACCGCCCAGUCUUUGGGUUUGCGGACUCCGGGGAGGCCAAGUGUGUUUCCACCAUAGACCUGGGACUUCGCGCGGGACAGCAAGCCGGAAACCUACGGGUGCAUGCUCUUGACAAGGGCACAGGCCCCAUACUCGUCUCAGUGGCGACGCGCUACGGUCAUUGGGCGCAGUAA